AUGUCUACCAAAACAUCAAGUGCCAAAAAAUCUUGCAGACGUUCAUCCAUAUCCAAACCAAAGAAUGGAUUGAACCCGCGAUCACGAUCAGGCUGCACAACCUGCAAGGCCAAACACACAAAAUGCGACGAAACAAGACCUGAAUGUCUAAGAUGUGUGAACAAAGGCGUCAAGUGUGGUGGUUAUUGGAAAGAGUUUAAAUGGUCCUUUAAACACCAACCGGGAGAGAUAGAGAUUGACCUCACCACUACAUCACCGACGUCUUCACGCAGAGGAUCUGAAGUUCAGCCCGAGACUUCACCUACAGCGACUUCUUCUACCUUAGUUGAUACCAGUGAGCUUGAUCAGUACCUUCAGAUUGAAGAAUUACCCGUUCAAGACCCCGUUUCUAUUAUGGACGACGACACUUGGGCGACGAGCCCUUGUUCAAAUUCCGAUAGAGACCUCUUGACACGAUCGGGCUCGAUUUCAGAAAACUGCGACAUGACAGUAUCAAACGUCGAAAUGACUUCCCGAUCCCUCACUCCUCCUUUCGAACCGCAAUACUACCAAGCGACGCCACUUACAGUUGGUCUUAUCACCGAUACUUCAUCCCUACUCAUCAGCAACUGGUUCGAACAAGUCUGCACGCUAUGGUCAGGUUUCGACUCGGACUUCAAUCUCAACCGAAAACUGGCGCUUGAGUUGUGCACGGGUUCUCAAUCUGUGUUCAGCUCGCUGCAGAGCAUGUCAGCUGGCUUUCUGUCUACACGGUUACCCCAUAUGAAGCAAUCAGCAGUGUACUUUUUGCAAGCAGCGACAACAUCAGUUCUUUCAGAGGCGCAUAAUACUCUGCUGAAUCCAUGUACGGAUACCCUGCCUGCUGGUGUGCUGUUCUCGCUGUUCUGCGUGGGGACGACAAUGUGUUGGGUCGAUGCGCGGCAACUGGGGAUACCAUUCUUUCAAUCGGCAACAAAGAUUCUAGACCGCCUGAAUCGACGUGUAGAAAGGCUCUCCGCCACGGAUUUGGAGCUUCUGUCCUUCUUUAACAGAAGUCUGACGUACUGCGAGAUGCUCCUUGCGGUUGUAAGCCAAGACGAGAACGAUACAACCACACAUACCCAGUCCGACGGCGCACUGCAACUUGCUGAACGAUAUAUGGACGACUCUCCUCAUCCAUGGACAGGAAUUUCUCCCCUCUCGUCACAGCUUUUCGGCCAAUCAAUAAGUCUCUGUCGAAGUUUCCGGCGGAACCUCAAAUUACCUAAAGAGACAGGUCGAGAUUUCCAACGGGCUUUGGAAGAGAUACAAGAAGCACAGCGACUGGAGGAGAAACUACUGAGUCUCGAGUUUCAGAGUAGUCUUUCCACUACGAACACGGGCGAUUACCGAACACCAUCACUUCAUCUCGCACAGGUUGCAGAGGCCUAUAAACUUGCAGCGCUGCUCCAUCUCUACCAGACAUUCCCCGAUCUUGUGGCCCUGCGACUGCCGAGCAAUUCAGUGCAUGCAAACAGUCGACAUAUUCCCUGGGAGGAGUGGAUUAUCCCAUUAAGUCUUCGCCUGGUCAACGUUCUAGAACUCAUCCCGCCUAAUUCAGGUACUCGGGUUAUUCAGCCGUUGCUGUACAUCACCGCUAGUACGGGUCUUCGCUAUGAUACGACUACGAUGCUGGAUAUAUCGACGUUCCCCUCGGAAGCAGACUUUGCCUCGUCGAGUUUUGUUAAUGACCCCUUUGCGCCCCCACCUACGAACGUUAUAUCACGCUUGUCUCUUGAUAUCAGCAACGCGCGGCAUUUUAUUAUGGGACGGCUUAAUAUGUUGGAGAGUAGCCUGCCGCCCAAACCGGUUAUUAUGGCUAAGGAGCUUAUCAAGGCGAUUUGGGAGGCUUACGAUGAUGAACCGCCUGGUGUGGCUUCGGUGCAUUGGGUUGAUGUUAUGGAAGAUAAGAAUCUGAGGUCAAUGUUUGGGUAG